UUAGCUGGGUGAGCGUGAAACCGCGUGAGAAAGUUGCCAUUGAGGUAAAGCAGAGCUGGACCGUGAACGGUUCCCGCCGCUGUGGGAGUUGUUGUUAUCAAAACUAACGACAUAUUUCUUCAUUUUUUUUUCGAGAAAUCUAUUUUGGAGGCAAGCUUUGCUUAUAAACUGGUCGGGGAAGUAAAUAUUUCUGUAUUUGUUGACCGUUCAACCGCCAGCCAGCGACCGCGGCGAGUCAAGUGGGAACUCUUCUCUGCAAUUAACUUGUGUGGAUUUGUUUCUGAUGCUCUGACUUAGCGCCGGCAGUUUGCGGCUGUCUGUUGAGGAUCUACGGGUUUGAUUUUAUCUUGUUUGUUUGUUUGGUCGGCUCUCUGUACUCGGAAUACAUCAGCUCGCACACAAAACAAAUGCCGGAGUGGUGGAGGUGGCUCCAGCUCUUUUUUCCACAUUUCUCACCUGGCUCUCUUGCCCUUCUCCUCCCUCCUCCUUCAGUUGCUUCCAACUAAUGAGCCGUUUCCCGUGUUUUUCCGGUUGAUUUACGGUCGCGCUGCCUGUGGAGCGGAGGACAGACGACGACCGAGAGACAGCGAGAAGCGGAGAUUCACGUUAAACGGUCGGUGAACCCAAACGAAGCGGCGGGGCAGUCGGUGCUGUUUUUGUUUUUUGUUUUUUUUUUGCAAUUAGCGACCAUUGGUUGGUCCUAAUAAUAACAGCGGCGGAUGGAUUCCUCUCCGUGACUAGGAGCUUCCCACAAUCCUUACUUUUCACCUCAUUUGAUCCCACUUUAACGGGGUUUUAAGAAGGAAACGCUUUCAUCCUCCCGGAGAUAACAAUGUUUCCCCAGGGGCGACACCCGACGCCCCACCAGGCUCCAGGCCAGCCCUUCAAGUUCACCAUCCCAGAGUCACUGGACCGCAUCAAGGAGGAGUUCCAGUUUCUUCAGGCACAGUACCACAGUCUCAAACUGGAGUGUGAAAAGCUGGCCAGUGAAAAAACAGAGAUGCAGAGGCACUACGUCAUGUACUAUGAGAUGUCGUAUGGUCUCAACAUCGAAAUGCACAAACAGACUGAGAUUGCCAAGAGACUAAACACCAUCUGUGCACAAGUCAUUCCCUUCCUCUCACAGGAGCAUCAGCAGCAGGUGGUUCAAGCUGUGGAGCGAGCCAAGCAGGUGACCAUGGCAGAGCUCAAUGCUGUCAUCGGGGUACGUGGACUGCCAGGUCUUCCACCUACACAGCAGCACUUGUCCCAUACCCAUGGUGGUGCUCCUGUGCCCCUCACUCCUCACCCUGCUGGCCUCCAUCCUUCUCAGCUGGGUGGUUCAGCUAGUCUUCUGGCUCUGUCAGGAGCGCUUGGUGCCAUUCCUCCUCAUCUAGCAGGAAAAGAGAGUGCUGACAAAAAACCUCACUUGUCCGGACAAGACUCACACCCUGCGGGACCUGAACACCUGAGAGAGCGCGAGCCCAGCACAAGUAACUCAUUGCUGCCAGAAAGUCUUAGGAACUCAGAUAAGCGACGCAAUGGACCUGACUUCUCAAAUGAUACCAAAAAGCGAAAGGUGGAUGACAAGGACUCUAGUCACUAUGAUAGCGAUGCAGAGAAAAGUGAUGAUAAUUUGGUGGUAGAUGUCUCAAAUGAGGAUCCAGCGUCCCCUCGUGGCACACCUCUCCCCUCUCCUAGAGAAAAUGGCUUGGAUAAAGGACGUCUUCUCAAGAAAGACCCUUGUAGUCCAGCCUCUACUGCAUCAUCAGCCAGCUCCUCCUCCCUAAAGUCCAAAGAGAUGGCAAUGCGAGAUAAGGCAGGUACACCUGGGCUAAAGUCAAGCACGCCCACACCUAGAGGUGACUCCACCCCAGGGCCAAGCUCCACCCCUGGAAUUCGACCAAGUCUAUCAAAACCCCCCUCCAUGGAAAUACCACAUCCACCUACUGCAGGUUUGCGAACUCCCCUGGCUGUACCAGGUCCAUAUCCAGGUGCGUUUGGUAUGUUGCCCCAUACAGCAGGGAUGAAUGGGGAGCUAGCUGGUGCAGCCGGAGCUGCAGCCUAUGCUGCUGGACUGCACAACAUGUCACCUCAGAUGAGUGCUGCAGCUGCGGCUGCAGUGGCUGCAUAUGGCAGGUCACCAAUGGUUGGUUUUGAUCCUCAUCCUCACAUGCGAGUUCCUGGAAUGCCUCCUAGUCUGACAGGAAUCCCUGGUGGCAAACCUGCCUACUCCUUUCAUGUCGUGGCAGACGGACAGAUGCAACCAGUUCCAUUCCCUCCAGAUGCUUUGGUGGGCCCUGGGAUCCCUCGUCAUGCCCGUCAGAUCAACACACUGAACCACGGAGAGGUGGUGUGUGCCGUUACCAUCAGUAACCCCACCCGACAUGUGUACACAGGAGGAAAGGGUUGUGUCAAGGUCUGGGACAUUAGUCACCCAGGAAACAAGAGCCCUGUGUCCCAGCUUGACUGUCUGAACCGAGACAACUACAUCCGGUCCUGUCGUCUCCUCCCUGAUGGUCGGACACUUAUUGUGGGAGGUGAGGCCAGCACGUUGUCAAUCUGGGAUUUGGCCACGCCCACUCCCAGGAUUAAAGCAGAGUUGACAUCAUCAGCACCAGCAUGCUACGCUUUGGCCAUUAGCCCGGACUCCAAAGUCUGCUUCUCCUGCUGCAGUGAUGGAAACAUCGCAGUUUGGGACUUGCACAACCAGACGCUGGUUAGGCAGUUCCAGGGCCACACAGAUGGAGCCAGCUGUAUCGACAUCUCCAAUGAUGGCACCAAGCUGUGGACCGGAGGCUUGGAUAAUACUGUCCGCUCCUGGGAUCUAAGGGAGGGACGCCAGCUGCAGCAGCAUGACUUUACAUCACAGAUCUUCUCUCUUGGCUACUGUCCGACAGGAGAAUGGCUUGCUGUUGGAAUGGAGAGCAGCAACGUUGAGGUUCUUCACGUAACCAAACCAGACAAAUACCAGCUUCAUCUACAUGAGAGCUGCGUACUCUCCCUGCAGUUUGCCUACUGUGGCAAAUGGUUUGUGAGUACAGGAAAGGACAACUUACUGAAUGCAUGGAGGACACCUUAUGGAGCCAGCAUAUUCCAGUCUAAGGAAUCCUCCUCGGUACUAAGCUGUGACAUAUCUGUGGAUGACAAGUACAUUGUUACUGGUUCAGGGGACAAGAAGGCCACUGUUUAUGAGGUCAUCUACUGAAUACAUGGAAAGAAAACUGGGACAUUUCUUCUUUCUCCCCACAUGUUCUGUGUUACUAGAAAUUUUCACAUGGAUCCAUAAAUCACAGAUAAGAUGGACCUUUAAUGGCACAUUCUUUAUUCUGUUAGAAACCUUCAGAGAAACACAAAAAGGAGACAGAUAUUGCACAUGCACUUAUCUUUUGUGCCUGUGUACAUGACUCCAAAUCAGCUGGGCAUAAACUGGAGCAAGUGGAUGUUAAUGGAAGCACAGGAAAUAUUCAGAUAUCUCCUUUCUGCUGUGGGCUAACCUGGGAUCAGUUACACGAAACAGAUAAGGACCAAAUGGAUCUCCCGGAGAAACCAGCUCUUCUGACGACACUGUGCUGAUCAUCAGAUACCGAAACACACUAAAUGUCAUUGUCAGAAUCAGGGGCAGAGACGUUCGGAUAACCUCUUAUGCCCGAGGGGUGACUGUGUAAACAGAUGGAAAAAGAAAAGAUGAACAGAAAUUGGCAUCAUCGUGGCAAGAUGGUGGAGAAAGAGGAACAGCAGAAUAAAUGGACAUUUUCAAACAGUGAAUGCAGAAUGUUGUAUUUUGUUUCAGAUGAUGCUCACAGCCUUCUGUUCCUCUCAGCUAUGACUCUUUGACCUUAAAACCUCAGCUUGCCGUUCAGAUACGCCUACUUUGUCUGAAAAGUACAUUUUCUGUCUUUAGCGUAAGUCCUAUCCUCACUAACUGCACUGUAGUUGUAGCUUUCCACCUACAUGCUGUGCUUAACUACUUAAAAUGUCCAAAUGGUUCAUUUUAAAACAUGCUGAAGGCUAUGGUGACUUGUCUUACAUUAUGCUGCCAAUAACAUCUGUCAUGAGUUUAAUUGAUCCUCAUGAUAGUUUUUUCUAAUUACUACCAAUUUCAAAUUGAAAAAGUGAAGCACUCAGCUAUGUGGAGAAAAAUUAGCGUAACAGUCCAAUAAGCUUCAAAAACAGGAGAUUGUAAAUGUAAUAAAUGUUACAGAAGGCUGUCUCCCCUAUCUGUCCCAUGAUUCUGAUUAUAAAAAAACAAAACAGUGAAAACCUGGUGUUAAAAGAUGUUUUAAAGAUUGAAUUAAUCAUCAAAUUCCAUUAUUACUCCUUUUUUAAUAUACAUAUGUUUCCCCUGCUCGUAUUUCUCCACAAAGCUGGCCUGCACAAAUGUAAAAUCUCCACAAUAUUGACUAGAAAUGUUUAGAUGGAGCUUUAUCCCAGCAAAAGCAGAGGACAUGGGGAUGGGGGUGAGCCUUUAUAUUGUGAUUCCUUUUGUUACCUUCUUAACUUUUAUGCUAUGUAUUUGAGCAGUAAUAUAUUCCAGCACAUGUUAGCGGGUGUUGUCGUAGAGUAACCUCACAAUUAUGCCCCUUUCAGACAUGAGAUGUGCAACAUUACUGGCUUCAUCAUCAUUCAAACAGGUCCCUCAGUGUUUCUCCCAGGUUCACAACUUUAGGGUGGCGAAAUGAGUAUAUUUGAUGAUUUUAAAAAUAAAUAAUUUUGGGGUUUAUUUUAUGUUCUUUGGCUUCUUGGGGGGGGGGGCAGCUCAUGCAGUAGGGUUGGUGGUAAAGGAAACACUGGGUCACAUUCACAGAUUCAUUCAGACAUGAUAUAUGCAGAAUAUACAUUUUAUUGGUUUUUGCCAUACAUGCAAAAGAUUGAUUGAACUACCAGGAUGAACUAGUUUGGUUCCUGUGCUCGUGCACGUGUGUGCGUGCGUGCGUGCGCGCUCUGCAGCAGCUGUCCCACCUGUCACAAAUAAACUCAAAGAUGACUGCUCUGGAUUUAUUAUAGCAGAAAUGCUUCAUAGAAAAAUGUUUUAAUCUUGCAUAUUAGAAGCUUAGCGUAGAUUAGACACUAGAGAGACCGCAGUAAUUUUAGUGCAUGCUCAUCUGUUAAUGCAGUGGCAUGAAAAGCAGACUUUGUGCCGUGUUGAAAGUGUUGCUUCAGUGUUUCUGGGUCCAUUCUAGUGUGACAGACGGCUUCAUGCAUGCACACAUGAAGCUGUCAGAUUAAUGGAAAGGCACAUAUGUCUGAAAGAGCUUUACUAAACUGACCUGAAAUUAUGUUGCAAAAUCAGGAUAUUUUUACUGCUGUAAGUCACCCCCACCCUGCCUUUACUGCUUUCUGAAACACGUCUUAUUGUAUGAAUGGUUGAUUAUAUUUCCUGAAUGGGAACAAACUAAGGCUGUCUUAACAUGUAAUUUAAUCUACUUGUAUUUAUAGGAAAUUAUAAGUGGGCAAAAUGGGUGGGCACUGGGUGGGGCUCCUGAUUAUACUCAGUAAAUAAAUUACUUUUUUUUUUUUUUUGCCAUGUUAUUGUUUUAUCUUACAUUCCAGAAAUGGGACACUUGCUCAAAGUUUAGCCUUGAAAUAGAAAAUGUUUUGAUAUCAUUUUUCAAAGACUAUUGUGAAACAAUGACCAAGAUUAAAUAAUUUUUCAUUAUCGUCUUAAGGACAAGGGUAGCGAAGGUGCAGUCAUGCUUCAGCUUCAGGAAGGAGUCUGUUAGCUUCAGCUCAUUAAUUUCAUGAUCUUGUGUGUAAUUUGUUCUUAAAUCUAUUUCUGUUUGUAUAAAUGUACAUAUGUUCUUUUUUCUUACCAGAUAUGCUUUAGAAAUAAACUUUUUGUAUGUCUUUUACAUGAAGCAGAAACAUCUAAUCGGGAGAAAUACUAAGUGAUCUUAAUGCUAGUGGAUCUGAAAUGAUUGAAAUGUCUAGAAAAUAAAUGUUUCUUUUUUUAAA